AUGUCAAUCCAACGAACACCAACCUAUGACAAGUCCCACUAUUCCUGGCAACCCCCUUCCAGCCAGGCUUCAGAAUCGCUCAUCAGCGGCGAGCAUGGCCCCGGGGAAGACCCAAAGACCCCAGAUCUGAGUGCCUAUGCUCGCUUGCCGCAUCAACCCGCCGAUGCCGCAGAUGAGGACCAACUAGACUCCAAGCCGGGGCUUCCGAAACGCUCAACCUUCAAUUACAAACACUCCUCCGAUGAGUUCAAGAAGCAAAUAGAAGACGAGGCUAAUCAAAGCCCAGGUGGCGAGCAAACUGGCCGGCGUGGGAGUAUCACGGGGAAGCCGUUCAAGCCUAGUUCUAAGCGGACUAAGAGCUGGGAUUAUCGUGAUAAGAGGGGUGAAAUGCAAAUGAGCCAGCUACAGGACGGUGAUCAGUCUUCACAAGGGUUCUCGGAGACUUGA